CUGUUAGAUGUGCAUAUGAAGAUCCAGACAAAAAGCAAAUCCCAACAGCGACGAACAACAUCAUUGCUGGACGAGUUGGACAAGCACUGGGAAGUGAGCUCAGCAGCAGCAAGGUGUGUCUGUUUCUGACUGCCGUCAUGACUGAAUCCUUUGAAAAAGCAGUAGAGGAGGUGAAGGUGCUUAAACAAAGACCAAACUAUGAUGAAAUUGGUGUACUAUAUGGUUUAUAUAAGCAAGCCACAGUUGGCGAUAUUAACAUAGGGCGUCCAGGGUUUUUUGACAUUGCAGGACGAGGAAAAUGGGAUGCAUGGGAUGCAAAGAAAGGUCUGGGCAAAGAUGAAGCAAUGACCGCCUAUGUUGAGGUGGUGGAGAAGCUGAAGGCAAAAUAUGGAAUCUAGAGUCUGUUUCUCACAAAUGCUGUAGUAUUUUCAGUGUCACAUCUCCAUUUUCUUCUCAAUAAAAGCUACAAAUUGGAGGACACCAUUUACAACUGAUUUUACAUGCUGUUACACUCUCAAUUUAUUACUGUGUAAGACAUACUUGGUUAAAAUGCUAGAGAGCAAUGCAAUUUGGAGUACUUUCUCGUACUCUACAUUGGUUAAAACAAAAAGUUUGAAGAAUAGGUCAGCAUUUUUGGAAAUACACUUAUUUGCUUUUAUGGCGAAAGCAACUUUGUAUAUCUGUACGCUAAUUGUGAAGCGAGAGCCGGCAGACGAUUAGCUUUACUUAGCAUAAAAAGUGGAAGCAGGGGGAAAACAGCUAGCAUGUGAAAAAGGUAAACCAAUCCGCCUACCUUUUGACACAGCCAGGCUAGCUGUUUUCCCCUGCCUCCACGCUAUAUGCUAAGCUAAGCUAAUCGUCUGCUGGCUCUAGCUUCAUAAUUAGCGUACAGACAUAAGAGUGGUAUCGAUCUUGUCUUCUAACUCUCGUCAAGAAAGCGAAUAAAUGUGUUUCCUAAAAUGUCAAACUAUUCCUUUUAAGUGCAAAUACAAUGUACAUUUUUAUAUAAAAGCAAUUUAAACACAGAGCAUCUGUAUACAAGACUGGCUAUCAAAAAUAAAGACUUGUUCUUUGGGCCUCAAA